AUCACAAGCGUUUUCUUUUUAGGCGUGGAUUCUCGGAUAGUGGAGGAGGACCCCCAGCCAAACAGAGGGAUCUUGAAGGGGCAACCAGUAGGCUGGGUGGAGAACGUCGGACAAGAAGAGAAUCACGCCAAGAAAGCGACGCAGAGGAUGAUGAUAUUAAAAAGCCAGCGUUGCCAUCUUCUGUUGUUGCUACCUCCAAAGAGCGAACACGUCGAGACCUUAUACAAGAUCAAAAUAUGGAUGAGAAAGGAAAACAAAGGAAUCGACGUAUAUUUGGCUUGUUGAUGGGCACUCUUCAAAAAUUUAAGCAGGAGUCCACAGUUGCUACUGAAAGGCAAAAGAGACGACAAGAAAUUGAACAAAAACUUGAAGUGCAGGCAGAGGAAGAAAGGAAGCAAGUUGAAAAUGAAAGGCGAGAACUGUUUGAAGAAAGACGUGCUAAACAGACAGAGCUGCGGUUACUGGAGCAAAAGGUUGAGCUUGCUCAGUUGCAAGAAGAAUGGAAUGAACAUAAUGCUAAAAUAAUUAAGUACAUAAGAACGAAGACAAAACCCCAUUUAUUCUACAUACCUGGCAGAAUGUGUCCUGCUACGCAGAAGUUGAUGGAAGAGUCACAGAAAAAGAUGAAUGCACUCUUUGAAAGCAGGCGAAAUGAAUUUGCAGAGCAGAUUAACAAAAUGGAGGCCAGGCCCAGAAGACAAUCUAUGAAGGAAAAAGAACAUCAGGAGGUGCACAAUGAAGAAAAGAAGGAAGAACAGAACAAGGAGCAGGAAGAGGGUAAGGUGGCUCAGCAGGUGGAAGAGUUGGAGACAGGUAAUCAGCACAAUGAUGUAGAAAUGGAGGAGGUAGGGGAGGAAAAGGGAAAAACAGGUUCAGGGCAUAGCGAUGCAGAGAAAGAACAGGAAGAGGAUGAACAGAAACAUGAAAUGGAGAUUAAAGUAGAAGAGACUACUGAGGUGAGGGAGAAUGACAAGCAACAGGAUGGUCAGCAUGAAGAGGUCACAGUUGUAAAAGAGGAAAGUGAAAACAUUCAGCCAGUGGAUAAUGAGCAGGAUGUGGCUGAAAUGAAUGAGGCAGAUAGUGUAGAAGCUGUAGAAAAUGAAAAUGGCAAAGAAGUGGAACCAGAAACAGAGUGUGAUGCUCAACCAGAAAAAGUGUGUAAUGUUCCUUCUCCUGAGAAGGAGAAAGAUGUCAAACCAGAAAUUGAAGCUGAACCUGAAGAAAAACAGGAGAAGGCACCUGAAGCUCAGCCAGAACGUGUGGCUGAGGCUCCAUCUCAGCAACAGUCUGUGCCAUUGCCACAGUCACCUCAGUUGUCUCAGUCCACUCAGGAUACAGAGCCCCAGGCAGACAAGGAUGAAAAUGCUGUGGUGUCUGUAAAGAUGGUUGAGGCACAGACAGAGCAGAGUCAGACACCAAGUGCAGAAAUUAAGACUAAGACUAGGAGUAGAAGCAGGGGUAGAGCAGGGAACAAAACUGGUCAUGGCCGUAGUAGCAGCAGCAGCAGUAGCAGUAGUACUUCUAGCAGUACUAGUAGUGGAAGUAGUUCCAGCACUGCCAGCAGUAGCAGUCGGAGUAGUUCCACCAGUAGCAGCACUACAAGUGGAAGUACUAGCAGGGAUAGUAGCAGCAGUAGCUCUAGCACUAGUGAAAGUAGAAGUCGAAGCCGAGGAAGAGGGCAUAACAGAGAUAGAAAACGCAGAAGGAGCACGGACAGGAAGCGAAGGGAUGCUUCAGGAGUAGACAGAGGUCACAAGUCCUCAAAAGGUGGGAGUAGAGAUACCAAAAGCUCAAAGGAUAAAAGUUCAAGAUCUGACAGAAAGAGGUCUAUAUCAGAAAGUAGUCGGUCAGGGAAGAGAACUUCACGGAGUGAAAGAGACCGUAAAUCAGACAGGAAAGACAAAAGGCGUUAACAGAAGAGACCAAGCUUCCUUAGCCUAAUCUUUGCAGCGGAAGAUUAUUUGAGUGAAAGGAUUCCUUGUAAGGAGGAAGAGAAGGCUGCCUUAAGAAUUGCAUGCUGUAAAAAAUCUUUUGGAAAAAUGCAGACUGUUUACCAGGCAUUCUUGUACUUUUUACAUAAUUUUGUAAAAGGUUACUUACCAAAAUUAUGUGAAGUUCCUGAAAAUGUAAAAAUAAAAGAUUAACACUC